AUGGCUGCUGUUUACAACAAGGAGCUCCUCUUUGGUUGGUAUUUGCUCACUCUCAAGCUUCGAGAAACUGUGGAAUCUCGACUUACCAAGAAAUCAUCCUAUGGGGGCAAGAUCGUCCCUGACUAUGAGCCGAGGCCUCCCAAGUCCGAGUGGGUCAUCUCCAUCGAUGAGAAGCUCUCCAUCGAAGAGAAGCUCACGCGAGGUCGCCAAGACAACGUGCCAGGCUCGUGGGCAAAUCUCUCCAUUUACCGAAUCCCAUGCCAUCUCAAGCAUGGGGAGGACAAGGCCUGGGUCCCCCAGAUCGUCUCCCUUGGGCCAUACCACCACGGUGACGAGCACCUCCGCCAUAUGGAGCGGCACAAGUGGCGCUGUCUCCACCGCAUCCUCGAGCGCUCCGGUCAGGGGAUAGGCCUCUAUCUAGAUUCGGUGAAGAAGGUCGAGCAGAGAGCUUCCGCCUGUUAUGAGGAAAGGAUAUCCAUGAGCCGCGACAAGUUCGUUGAGAUGUUGGUUCUUGAUGGUUGCUUUGUGAUCGAGCUGCUCCAGGGAUUCACCGAGGGGUUUGAGAAACUCGGCUACCCUCCCAAUGACCCUGUCUUCUCAAUGCGGGGAUCAAUACUCCAGAUCCAACGGGACAUGAUCAUGCUUGAGAAUCAAAUCCCACUCUUCAUACUUGACCGGCUGCUCGGUUUCCAGCUUGGGGACCCCAAACAGAAGGGGCGCGUGGCCAAGUUGGCGAUCCAGUUCUUCGACCCUCCGAGGUUCUGUGACACUUUGAUGCUGAUGCUAGGCCUCUUCAGCAAGGAUGACUGCGAAAUAUUGAAGGACAACAACGGAAGAUUGAAGUUCGACCCAUUAUGCGACCAUGGCAAGGUCCAUUGCCUCGAAGUGCUCCGGUGGAGCCUCCUGCACCUGGGACCGAAGCGGUCCUAUACCAAGCAAUGGUCGCAAAGCCGGCAACAGCAAAUCUUCUGCUUGACUGAGCUCCGGGAAGCCGGGAUCGAGAUCAGGUUGAGAGAUGACAGCAGUACUUGGGGUGACAUCCAGUUCAAGAACGGGAUCCUCAGGAUCCCGCCCCUUAAGAUCCACGAAGGGACGAGGUCACUCUUCCUCAACUUGAUAGCUUUCGAGCAGUCUCACUUCGAUUGCAGCAACUACAUCACCUCAUAUGUAAUCUUCAUGCACAACUUGAUCAACUCCCCCGAGGAUGUCCGAUACCUCCGCAACCUUGACCGUGGGAUCAUCGAGCACUGCCUUGGGAGCGACGCCGAGGUGGUUGACCUCUUCCGCCGGCUUUGCCAGGAGGUGGCCUUCGACCAUGAAGACAGUUAUCUCUGGGACAUAUCUAUUGAACUAAGGGCAUACUACUCCCGCAAGUGGAAUGCCUGGGUAGCCGUUCUCAAGAACAAGUACUUCGACAGUCCCUGGUCAACCAUUUCUUUAAUUGCUGCUUUUCUUUUACUUGUGCUUACUUGUAUACAGUCCUUCUAUGCAGUCUAUGCCUACUACAGGCCGCGGUCUUGA